GGUCAUUUGACGAAUUCAAUUUUUUUUUUCUCUUGGAACUCUUUUAAAUAAGUAUCCAUUAUUGAUUUGCCCGUAAAUUUUCUGGUUAAAUCUCAAAUCACAAACACCGCUUCUCUUGGAGUAAUUGUAACAGAAUUCAGCAAAUAUGGAAGCCAACAGGAGCCUGAAUGGUAUCCAACAGCUGCUAGAUGCAGAACAAGAGGCUCAGCACAUUGUCAAUGCUGCAAGAAAUGCAAAAAUGGCUAGACUAAGACAGGCCAAGGAAGAGGCAGAGAAAGAGAUUGCCGAAUAUCGUGCUCGAGUAGAGUAUGAGUUUCAGAAGAAGGUAGCUGAGAGCAGUGGAGACUCGGGGGAAAAUGUGAAACGGCUCGAGAUCGAAACAGGUGCAAAGAUCAAUCACUUGAAGAAUGAAGCUGCAAGGAUAUCUCAUGAUGUUGUACGGAUGCUUUUGAAAAAUGUGACAACUGUGAGGAACUAGGGAUUCUCCAUGAAGAAUGACGGUUUAGUUGUCUACAACCUUCAAUCAGUUCCUGUAUGAUUAUGUCGAAACUCAGAGCUCAUGCUUGGGAACAAUUUAAUGUCAUUAUUUAUCGUUUUUUGUUAUUUUUGUUGUGCCAUGUUUUGGUUGAUCAUCUUCCUGUUCUGAAAUAAAGUUUAUUGUGUGCUCCCUAAGAAAUUGUUUCUCUUCAGUGUUUUCUGGAACUUGAGCUCAGCUCACUAUGGUUUAAUGGAUUCAUUGACACCUUUAUAUAAAUGAUUGAAAUUUGUUUGU